UUCACCUCUCCCUCUCGCUCGCUCGCUCGCUCGCUCGCUGUCUCUUACCGUGCUCGCGUCAUGCGUGAUUCACACACACCUGCGCAUUCGCUCCUGCCGCAUUCGAGGUUCCGAUUCUUGGACUACCUGUCGAUCCUGAGCUCCGAUACUGUUCUCAUUCCUCAAGCUUCCUCCCGGUCCCGGCCUCCCAAGCUUGUUUCCGGUCUCCCAGGGAGAGGGAGAGAGCUCGGCUCCUCCGAUCCCCAGUUGUCCUUGUCACUAUCCUCCUUCCUUGCUCGCCUCGAAACCCGAAUCUUGCUUUACGAUGAAAUGAUGGUAUAGCUCCAGGCCUCCACCUGAUCCAAGGUCUCGGCUUUCGGCGGCCCCCGUGCUCUAGCGCCGCUUGGAUUCAGGCCAAUGGGCGCGGCUCAGCUGGUGGCUUGGUUCUUGGCGCUCGCCGCCGCCGCGGGGGCGGUGUCGGCGGCGGGGGCGCGGCCGAGCGAGGUGGCCGUGGGCGCCCUCUUCACGUACGACUCCACGAUUGGCCGCGCGGCGCGGCUCGCCGUCGAGCUCGCCGUCGACGACGUCAACGCGGACGGCACGGUGCUCGCGGGGACGAAGCUCAGUCUGAAGAGCCACGACACCAACUGCAGCGCCUUUCUUGGGACCGUCGAAGCAUUGCAGCUUAUGAAAGAAAAUGUAGUUGCGGUGAUUGGGCCGCAAUCCUCGGGGAUAGGCCAUGUCAUCUCUCAUGUUGCUAAUGAGCUACACGUUCCUCUUCUGUCAUUUGCGGCCACAGAUCCAACUCUUUCUGCAUUAGAGUAUCCCUACUUCUUAAGAAUGACCAUAAGUGACUACUUCCAAAUGAAUGCUGUUGCUAGCAUUGUUGAUUACUAUCAAUGGAAAAGGGUGACUGCUAUAUAUGUUGAUGAUGAUUAUGGGCGCGGUGGUGUGUCCGCCCUUGGUGAUGCACUUGCAUCUAAAAGGGCAAUGAUUUCAUAUAAAGCAGCUAUUCCUCCAAAUUCAAAUUCAGACGUGAUAAGUGAUGUACUGUUUAGAGCAAACAUGAUGGAAUCAAGGGUCAUGGUUGUGCAUGUCAAUCCUGACACCGGGAUGAGAAUAUUUUCUGCAGCUCACAAGCUCCAGAUGAUGGCCACUGGCUAUGUCUGGAUAGUAACUGAUUGGCUAGCUGCUGUCCUUGAUUCUUCGGCGUCUAGAGAUCUUAAAGAUAUGAGUCAUAUUCAGGGACUAAUUGUUCUUCGUCAGCACACUCCUGAAUCUGAUGUCAAGAAUAAGUUCAUAUCCAAAUGGAAUACUGUGGCUCGUAACAGAAGUGUUACUUCUGGCUUGAACUCAUACGGCUUUUAUGCUUAUGACAGUGUUUGGACUGUUGCUCGUGCUAUCGAUCAAUUCCUCAACAGUGGGCAACAGAUCAACUUCUCUACAGAUCCCAGGUUGCACGAUUCGAAUGGCAGCACUUUGCGUCUAUCAACUCUCAAGAUAUUUGAUGGUGGUGAGCAGAUGCUACAGCAACUUGUACUCACAAACUUUACAGGUGUGACAGGUCCAGUCCAGUUUGGUUCAGACCGCAAUUUAGUACGCCCAGUGUAUGAUAUCCUUAAUGUUGGUGGUUCUGGCUCCCACUUGAUUGGCUAUUGGUCUAACCAUUCCGGCCUUUCUGUUGCUGCUCCUGAAAUUUUGUAUCAGAAGCCACCAAAUACAAGUGCCCAGCAGCUGUACAAUGUGGUAUGGCCAGGUGACUCCACAACUACGCCUAGGGGUUGGGUAUUCCGAAACAAUGGCCAGGCUCUGAGAGUUGGGGUUCCGAAUAAAGCAAGCUUUAAGGAUUUAGUGUCAGGCAGAGGUCCUGAUAAUGUGACGGGUUAUUGCAUUGAUGUAUUCAACGCGGCAAUUAAACUGCUUCCUUACCCAGUUCCUGUCCAAUUUGUUACUAUUGGGGAUGGCACAAAGAACCCAAGCUAUAUUGGCAUUGUUAGAAUGGUUGCUGCCAAUACCCUUGAUGCAGCUGUAGGCGACUUUGCUAUAGUGAGAAAUGGAACAGCGAUUUCAGAAUAUACACAGCCUUAUGUUGAGGCAGGGCUCGUGAUAGUAGCGCCGGUGAAGCAAAUAACUCCAAGUGCCUGGGCUUUCCUUAAACCCUUCACAUUGGAGAUGUGGUGUGUCACAGGUGCUCUUUUUAUUUUGGUGGGGAUAGUAGUUUGGCUUCUUGAACAUCGGAUUAAUGAGGAUUUUCGAGGCUCUCCACGGCGACAAGUUAUAACAAUAUUCUGGUUCAGCUUCUCAACAAUGUUCUACUCACACAGAGAAAACACUGUAACUGCACUUGGGCGGUUCGUGGUGAUAAUAUGGUUGUUUGUUGUGCUGAUCAUCACUUCAAGUUAUACUGCUAGCUUGACGUCAAUCCUUACAGUCCAACAGCUUGACACAGGAAUUACAGGGCUUGAUAGUUUGAUUUCCAGUUCUUUACCUAUUGGAUACCAGAAUGGAAAAUUUACCAAAAAGUACCUGAUUCAAGAACUCAAUAUUCCAGAGUCUCGAUUGGUAGCACUAAAUACGAUCCAGGAAUAUGCUGAUGCCCUCAACCGUGGACCAAAAUACGGCGGUGUUGCCGUGAUUGUGGAUGAGAAGCCGUAUAUUGAUAUCUUCCUGUCAUACUACUGCAACUUCAGAAUAGUGGGACAGCAAUUCACAAGGGAAGGAUGGGGCUUUGCAUUCCAGAGGGACUCCCCUCUUGCUGCAGACAUGUCGACAGCCAUCCUUCAACUUUCAGAGAGUGGCCAACUUCAGAGAAUUCACGACGAGUGGUUCACGCGGCCUGGUUGCGCCUCUGAUGAUGACAGCCAGGUGGGAGCAACCAGGCUUGGUGUCGGAAGCUUUUCGGGCCUUUUCCUCAUGUGUGCCCUGACAUGUAUCUUCGCUCUGGUGGUGUUCUUCAUACGGAUCUGCUGGCAAUAUAAAAAGUACUCCAGUUCCGAAGCUGCCGGUGAGCCCAGCGCAGCCGAUGCUGAUGCUAUCCAGCGGAGGCCAUCAGGCCUAGGCAGCUUCAAAGAGCUGUUACAGUUUGUCGACAAGAAGGAGGAAGAAAUCCGGAGGACGAUGAAACGAAGAUCAACCGACAAAGAUAACCAAGCUGCAGGUUCCUCAGAUGCGCUGUCACCAUACUAACGUUCUUUCAGGCUUCAGUCCUUCAGAUGGCAGAGCAGGGAAGCACAUUACCAAGACAACAUAUCGAACAGAUUCAUGUAGAUAGUGGUGAUAUAUUUUGAUCCAAACAUCCCUUUUUCCAUAGGAUCUUUAGAAUUGUCUAUGAUAUACACAGUAUGUAUUCCACAACUGUGGUUUCUUUCAACAGCUUUUCUAACAGGCAUAUUUCUGGCUUUCCUCUGGCUGAUUUAUUGGGUUCUAUA